AUGGCUUUCUUCAUCAGAUGGCUCUGGAAAUAUCUGAAUUAUCUGAUCAUAUUUUUCACACCCUUGCUUAUUCUACCUUUACCCCUGAUCAUUCCGAGCUUGGAAUCUCGCUGUGGCUAUGUGAUCAUCCUGAUGGCUCUGUUCUGGUGCACAGAGUGCAUCCCCCUGGCAAUCACCGCCCUGCUGCCUGUCAUCCUCUUCCCCAUGAUGGGCAUCAUGGAGUCAAGUGAGGUGUGUAUCCAGUACCUAAAGGAUUCCAACAUGCUAUUUAUUGGUGGGCUGCUGGUGGCCAUCGCUGUGGAGCACUGGAACCUACACAAAAGGAUUGCUCUUCGAGUGUUACUUUUAAUUGGGGUGAAACCGGCUCUUCUUAUGAUGGGCUUCAUGGUUACCACCGCCUUCCUCUCCAUGUGGAUCAGUAACACAGCUUCCACGGCCAUGAUGCUGCCCAUUACCAGCGCUGUGCUGCAGCAGCUCUCUGACACAGAGGCCCAGGCGGAGGUGAGGGAGAUGGACCUGGUGACUUCCAAAGCUGGGCCUGAAGGCCUUGAGAACCAGGCCUUCGAGAUGGACGACACCACGGAAGACCGAGCCAGCAAGGAGUUCCAGCCUAAAGACAGCAGCAUCACUAUACUGAGCACUAAGGAGAGCCCAGAGGCAGAGCAGAGAAGGCUGAAGAGAGAGCAAAAGUAUCUGAAUUUGUCCAAAGGCCUGAGUCUGAGUGUGUGUUACGCUUCCAGUAUUGGAGGGACCGCCACCCUCACUGGAACCACACCCAACCUCAUCCUCAAAGGGCAGGUUGAUGAACUCUUCCCAGGUAAUGGAGACAUAAUCAACUUUGCUAGCUGGUUUGGCUUCUCCUUCCCCAACAUGGUACUGAUGUUGGCAACUUCAUGGUUGUGGCUGCAGUUCAUGUACCUGGGCUUCAAAUACUCUGAGAAGUCUUCUGGCUGUGUUGCAAACAAAGAUGGUGACACAGAGGCAUAUCAGGUAAUGAAGGAAGAGUACAAGAAGCUGGGCAGCAUGAGCUUCGCUGAGGUCUCUGUGCUGGUGCUGUUUGUGCUGUUGGUUCUCCUCUGGUUCACCAGGGAACCUGGCUUCAUGCCUGGCUGGGGUUCUGUCCUCUUCAACAAAGACAAACCGUAUGUCACAGAUGGGACCGUUGCCAUAUUUAUGUCAACGCUGUUCUUCAUCAUUCCCUCUCAAAUGCCUAGAUGUUGGAAAGCCAAUGUUGAUGGGAGUCCCCUUAAGCCGCCCCCUGCCCUGCUAAACUGGGAUGUUGUCCAUGAGAAGAUGCCGUGGAACAUUAUCCUACUCCUGGGAGGAGGAUUUGCACUGGCCAGGGGCAGUGAGACAUCGGGCUUGUCUUUGUGGCUUGGGCAGAGUCUAGCCCCUCUCCAGUCUAUCCCUCCCUUUGCCAUCUCCAUCCUCUUAUGUAUGCUGGUGGCAGCCUUCACUGAAUGUUUCAGUAAUACGGCCACCACCACACUCUUCCUGCCUGUACUGGCCUCAAUGGCCACUGCAAUGAAGUUGCACCCUCUGUACGUCAUGCUGCCUUGCACCAUCUGUGCCUCUCUGGCCUUCAUGCUGCCCGUGGCCACACCCCCCAAUGCCAUCGCCUUCUCCUAUGGCAACCUUAAAGUCAUAGACAUGGCCAAGGCUGGGUUUAUUUUAAACAUAUUCGGGGUACUGACCAUCAACAUUGCCCUACACACUUGGGGCAUGGCGAUGUUUGACCUGCACACGUUUCCUGAUUGGGCCAACGUCACAACCACCCCUUGAACAGGAGUCAACAGGCUGUAGAGAAGAGGCCGUAGAGAGGGACGAUACGCACACAUUAACCUGGAUCGUCUGGCAACAGAAUUACUCGACUGGCCCCCCAAAUAUCACAAAAGUAUUUAUUUUCACAACUAUCAAACUUUUAUCUCUAUGAUCAGUUUGACAGUGUUAUCUUUGGGAUUAUUAGCAAUAAUUGAUUCAAGGACUAGACUGCUUGUGUAGGACAGUACACUGUAUGUUGGUUUACAGGUAGACUAGUUUUUAUUCAUUUGAAUUCACUUAAUAUUGGGGAGUCAUCUAUAAUAGUUAAAAUAAGCAGGUUGUAUUUGAUCCUUUUCUAGAAUCUGUUUAGGCUGAGGAAAGACAAAAAGAGACAUGUUGGAAAAUAUGGAGAUUACGAUGGUGGAUUUACAAUUACAAUAAUUUCCUCUGAUUUUAUGAUGUAAGGUUAUGUAAAUAAAA